AUGACUUCGGUAGCGAGCGAUGCUAGCAUCCGCAAUCUAAGCGGCACCUGGGUGAUGGACAAGACCCGAUCGUUCAACGUCGAUGGAGUGUUGAAACUGCAAGGCGUUGGCUGGAUAACAAGGAGGGCUGUUUCUGCGGCGACGGCCUUUCUGAAAAUAACCCAGGGUGCAGACGCCGGCGACGAAUGGAUGAUAAUAGAACCCUCCCUAUCUGGCGUUAUGAACGGAGGGCAGGAGACACGUCCAUUAACCUGGGCCGAGUUCAAGCACAAUGACGCACUUUUCGGCCUUGUCAUUAUCCGUACACACUACAUUGCUGGAGCGAGGGUCUCAGAUCAUCAAGUCAGACCGCUUGUGGAGCUUCAGACCAAAAACGCCGGGUCAAAUGUUGAGACUUUCUUGACCGAGGCUGUUGUCAUAGACCAAGGGGUGGAGUAUUCAGGAGAAACUGUUGCAAAAGCUUUCAUUCAUGACUUUGUCCGCAGCGUCAACUCUGGAUGGACGGCGGAGCAGAUCUGGGCAGUGGAAACGGUUGGCGAUGAAAAGUUCUUGACACGCAGAGUUGUGGUCCAAAAAGGCACUUCUUCCGAGACUGCUCACGUCUUUUACAAGCGUCAAUGA